GUGGUGAAGGAGGAGAUUUGAACCUUGAAUCGACUCUCCGAGGACUGAGCGGGCAGCAGUGAGCGCAGCUUCACCACCUCUGUCCCCCCACCCCCGGCCUUUGGGGAGAUCAUGUCGUUUAUUCUAAUGAAGAAGAAGAAGUUCAAAUUCAAAGUGGACUUCGAUUUGGAGGAACUGUCGUCGGUUCCUUUCGUCAACGGGGUUUUAUUCUGUAAAGUUCGACUCCGAGAUGGAGGCUUUGCAGACGAGUCGUCUAGGAAAGCAGUGCAAGCCAACUGCGUACACUGGAGUAAGAGGUUCUCUUUUGUGAUUAAGAUGAAUGCCAAUGCCGGGACAGGAGUACUGGAACCUUGUUUUUGCCGGGUGUCUGUGCGCAAGGAAUUGAAAGGUGGAAAGACUUUUGCAAAGCUGGGCUUUGCUGACUUGAACUUGUCGGAGUUUGCCGGGUCUGGCAGGACCACACGACGCUGUCUUUUAGAAGGAUACGACACCAAAAACACCAGGCAGGACAACUCCAUUCUGAAGGUUGUCAUCACCACACAACUUAUGUCUGGAGACCCCUGUUUUAAAACUCCCCCAUCUACCUCCAUGACUCUAGGAGUCGCACAGGCCGAAGCAGAGUGUCUCCUUGAGGACAGAAAGGGAGGGGACAUGCACAUAUCCCAUUCACUCUGCGAGACUCCAGUAAAGUCAGUGUCAGUCCCAGAUGAGCUGUUGGCGUAUGGUCACUCUAGAACACCAAGCCAUGCCAGCGAACAGUCCAAAAUCUCAGGAUACAGCUCGAAUCACUCCAGUUUAACAGAUCUAUGCCAUCGGAGGAGCGCGUCGGCUGGUUCUACCUCCACGGGCAUCGGCAGCAUCAUGGAAACCAGCGAUCAGCACGGGGAGAGCAGGAGCGCUCUGUCAACCUCUGCAGCCUGUCACGCUGCACCUGACCACCACCCUACUCCAGCUAAAGUGCCACGACAUCCAGUAAAGCAGAACUCAGUGGAGAAUCAGCUCAAACGAGUUGAUGCCACAAGGGUGGACGCUGACGACGUGAUAGAAAAAAUCCUGCAGAGCCAGGACUUCAGCCAUGGCGUCUUUGACUCCAGUGCAGAGGAGGAGGGGCUUAGCUUGUUUGUUGGUCCUGGUGGGAGUACCGCUUUAGGAAGCCAGCAUAUGAGGGUCGCAGCUGGAGCCUUUGAGCAGGUGGUGAUCAAGCCUUAGGCUUCAGGAAGCAUCCGCCUGUCAUAAGGGUGCAAUAUUACACUAAUUUCCCAAAACGAAGUUGGGAAAGUGUCAUCAGAAGUUAUUCCUGCCUCAAUCCAGGGGAUUUCAUCUAUUUUGUUCAAUUCCUCUGCAUCUGACCUACGGUGUCUGUUGACCUGGAGAGCCCCCUAGUGUCAAAGCAGUGGAGGUGAAGGCCACAUUUGGAACACAUUGGUGACUGAGGGUAUCAUUGUUCUGUAGAACUGGGGAUUAGCAGUAAAAUUCUUCAUAUGUUGUUGACCCUUCUCCGUUAUUUAGAAACUAUGCAUAAGUUACCAACAUGUUUUUAUUUUGCUACAUCAUUUUACUGGUUCUUAAGUAGCUGAAGGGGGCGGCAUCUGUUCCUUGAAAUUCCAUCAAUUUAAGUAACAGAAAACAUGACAUUGCAAUAUUGACAAUGGUUAGUGCACAAUUGUGUUUUCCCUGGUUUCCUCUUUUGAGGGAGGAUGUUUGCAUGAAGUUCUCAUGUUUUGUAUCUUUGGUAUGGUGUCUGUUUUAUUUCUACAUGUAUGUAUGUCUUUUGUCUGUCAGGUCAUAAUUAAUAGAUGGAAUAUAUUUUUACCACAUAAUUGUGUAUAUGUGCCAAAUUAUAUCUAAAGUAUGACAUCUAUAUAUGUAUAUAGGUUCAAUAAAAAAAGACCAUUUAAAAUGUGCAUUCUGGAUAAUGCAGUGUAUGGUAUUUUUGCAGAAUGAGUGUGGAGGUAAAUAUGAUGCAGUAUAAUUAAUUAAAUUAAAAUUGGAUGAAAGAAAAA